UUCUAACCCGUUUAUCUCUGAUGAAAUAUUCUCGACAGUUAAUUGUUUUUAUGGUUCGAAGAACGACUUAAAAUCCAAUACACAAAAUGAUUUAAUCAGAAAUCCAAAACCGCGCAGGGACCGUGGUAUGGAGUGUGUAUUAUAGCUAGCGAUCGAGCUCCGCGCGUCUAAAAUCAUUGCGUGGAACCAAGGCAAUAAGCGUGACUCUUUAAAAAAGUCAGUGUAGAUAUUCCAGAGAACAGGGAUUAAAAUCUGAUUAUUGUAUUAGCUGCGAGGAAAGGAAAAAAAUUCGAUUUCAUUAAGAUCUGAAAUUUAAAUGAACGACGCAAGCGUUAAUCCCGGUCUGUUGUUGUUGCGUAGGACAAUUAAGAUCCCAUUGCGUAUAUUUUUAUGGAAGAACUCGGAACGAAUUGACGAUGUAAAUUGAUAUUUGAUUCCAGUGAUUGUGGACAAUUAUCCACGACAGAGGUUGGCGGUAAACUCCACAUUUAGAUCUUUUUCUGUGAUUGGACAUUUCUCUGUUUAAUAUGAGAAAGUAACAGGCGAGCGGAGCGAGGUGCGUAUAGCCCAGCCGAGGAACCAUGCGGCUCUUCCAAGACCAAGUCUCUAUGGAGGACUUUGAGCCCCCUCCCCCGUUUCUAAAGGACCCUACUCGGGAUAACUUGAAACAUAUUACCCAGUUUCGUGACGGGAGACAUCGCGUGGCGACUCCCGAGAAAGUGGCCAUCAUGGAACUGUCCACGAGUUUCGAAAAGAGGCGCCUGGGGAAACAGCAACAGAUCCUGACGGAGAUGAACCAGAGGUGUCGGGAACAAGAGGUGGCGGAUCUAUCGUCCAAACUGUCCAAUAAGUGUGUGCUGGAGUCAGAGAGGGGCGCGGUGGGUCGGUCCCGUGAAAUAACGUACUACUCGGCCACGUUCAUGAUGCACAAACCUAAGACUGUGACAGAGGAGCUGGACAUGUCCAACAAGACAGAGUCGCCCUCUACAACCCCUCUGCCGUUCUUUGAGAAGACGUACAAACAUUUUCCGGCGAGAAAAAUUAUCAAACAUCAAGGGAAGUUCGAGUUGAUACCCCGGAAUAGCCGUCAAUCGCCUAUAAGGACCCCCCGGGUCGACCCCAGUCCUGUCAAGGCGCUGGUAUCCCAGGCCAUGAGCGAGCCGUACCGCAAAAUCAAAUUGUUGAACUCUCAGAAAAUUAACGGGCCGGUACAGUUGAACCACUAUAUAUACCCCAGACAGGACCAGUUAGCUCCCCUAGUGCUACCCAACAUAGACUCCACUAUCCAGGAUAAAAUUGAUGCGUUUUCUACGUCACGUGUGCAUCUCGGGGCCCGCGCCAAAACGAUGAGCAUGGAAAGCCAGGUUAAUGGGACGAUGAACAGCAAGGCCGACCAGAAACCCCCAAAACGGGUCUCACCUUACAAGGGGGACCAAGAGAUUCCGGGAACCUUCCAGGAAAAUACAGUAGGGGGUCACACCCCACCCCCCAAUUCUACCGAGCCCCCUAUUGAAGUACAGGCGCACUGAUAUCGAAUAUGUGAAAAAUUAUUUAUCUAUUUACUGUGCACAUAUUCCGAAUCUUUUUUAACCGUAUAUGUAUAUCUUAAAAUUCUUGGUUGUGAUUUUAAAAACCUGUCCUCAUGUGUACUUGUGGUCUUUGGAAAACAUUUGGCGUUGAUCGGUUGAAAACCUGCUAGACGUCUCCGUGAAAAAGAGGGAUUAUCAGUGAUUAAGGCGGAUUAAGUCACAGUAGGCUGAAGCGCUUUGGGCCAGCGUCCAAAAUCUUUAAUUGCAAAAAUGUGCAUACAAUGCAAAGUGUUGUUUUGGUUCUGCAGUUUAAAUGUUUAAUGAUAAACAUUUACAACAAAAUGGUUUUAACGCACAUAGGGCCAAAUCAAAAUACUACUGUAAGAUUUGACAGGAGUUGUCAGGAAAUUUCAUCGGGAUUUAAAUGCCUUUAUGACUGCUCGCAUUAAUUAUUGUCAUUCCACAUAUCAACAUAUUGUCUACUGAAAAAUCUUUAUCAAGCACAGCGGGGGAGCGAGAUCCACCGUUACAUCUGAUGACGUCAAAACUAUGGCGAAAAUUGACUGUUGAGGACACCGUGAACUUCUGGCUUUGUCUCGUAGAUAAAAAUAGAUUAACCGCACUCCCAAGAUUUGUUUAAUUAUCGAUUCCAUCUUGAUUUUGUUUUGAGAGAAGCCUGGUUUUAUUGUGUCUGUAAAUAAGUACGAACAAAGUGCUGAGAUGGGCGAGACAGUUGGACAACUCAUCAGAUUAUUAAAUAUUAUGUCAUCUUUGCAAUGAUUUGAGUUUUUCAUACAAUAAACGAAAACUUGUUUGUAUUCGUUUAUACAUAGUAUUGAAUACUCUACAGGUGUAAAUUUCGCAAAUAUUAUGUUUCCAGAUCAAUUGGGUAUUACAUUGAUAAAGUGUUCUGUUAUUUGGGGGAAGCACAUCUUGCCCAUUUUAAAAUCAGAAAUUUUGAUUGAUAUUUGUCAAAUUAUUUGAAAUAUCCAGCUUUAAGAUUAGAAAAUGGUAAACGACUUUAAUCAAAAUUUUUAAUUUAUAUAUUUUUAAAAAUAAUUUCAACACUUUGAUGAAAAGUUCUGCUGUGGGUAUGUAUGCCGGCCUACAUUCUACUUAGAGGGGGUAAGCUUUAAAAUCAAUGCCUUCAAGAAAUAAAUUAUACAUUUUUUGA